CAAGUCCCUCCUUGGCACCAAGCCUCUUAGGUUCAUCUAGUAAAUAAAGGCAGAUUUUAGACAUUUCUCUUCACUUUUCUGCUGACUUCCUCUCUGAAAGGCUGAACUGGAAGCAAUGGGGGAGCACAACAUCAGCCUUCUGGUUGCCAUUGUGCUGUCACUGAUCGUCUACAUCAUCACAAUGGUGUUUUCUGUUCUCGCUGGACCUGGGAUCUAUCCAUUCUUGUACAGCACCAGUAACGUGUCAAAUGAGUUUGUGACCCAGAUCACACCCUCCGGUUGGACCUUCAGCAUUUGGGGUGUCAUUUAUAUGUUUCUGGCAUUAGAUUUGCUGUACAUCCUCUCUGGUCUCUUCAGAAAGAACACCUAUGGUUACGUGUACUGCAGCCCCGCUGUGCUGCCGCAUGGAUUUUUCGGGGCUUGGUGCCUAAAUCUGGCGAUCAAUACGGGAUGGCUGUUUCUGUGGGAUAGACGGAUCAUGCCUGCUGCCCUGGCCUUCCUCAUCCUCAUUGCCCUCACAAAUUAUGCUGUUAUAUUCUUCUCCUGCUGGGGGCUUAGCAAGUAUGGAGCAUGGCUCAACAAAUACCACAAAGUGGACCUGUGGCUCCAUCGAUUGCUGAUUCAAAAUGGUGUCGCCAUAUACGCCACAUGGACAACCAUAGCUUCCUUAAUCAACCUAAAUAUUGUGUUAGCGUAUGACAGCGGUGUGUCCAGUUCCGACGCCUCCACUACUUCCCUUUCCAUUUUGACUGUGGUGUUGGUUGUAUGGUUCAUCCUGGAAAACUCUGUCCUCGACAAACACGUGAGGUUUAUUCUCUCCAUUUACCCUGUUGUGAUUUGGGCGCUGACAGGCGUGUACACAAAGACCUACAAUCCUGCUGCUCCCACUCGCAAUAACAUCUUUGUUGUUUCCUUGCUGGGAAUCUCCUGCCUUUUGUUUGCUGUACGUCUGCUGCUGGUCGCCUGGAGACAAGUCAAAAAGCCGCUGUACAGGGAUGUAGACCCAGACGUCAUGACUCCAAUGGAAAUAGCAGAAAAGCAGAAGACGUUUUUCAUUUGAGAUGUUUGGUAAAAAAAAAAAACAUAAAUUCAUUUAUUGUGUUUCUGAUAAUGUUUUUCACUUGUUUUGCUGCAGAAGUCAAAAGUUUCUAUUUAAUAUAUGUUUGUAAGUGUUGUGAUAAAUGGAGUUGUAAGCUAAGAUCUUGUCCAUAGAAAUACAGCUGUCAAAAAACAACAACAAUAUAUAAUAUUUUGAUUGUGACAUCCACUUCAAAACUCAGUUAAUUAUAAAACACAAUAGCAAAAUCCCAUUCUUCCUCUCAUAGAUACUUUUUGUUUUUGUCUGUCUGUUCAUAUUUCUGUAUUUGCUAUAUUUCUUUAAAUUAAAAUAUUUAGCUCAA